AUGUCCCAUCUGCUCGUUCGCUCGCGGGCGUGCGCACUGUUCCAGGAUGCCAACCAACUAUGCUUCGGCGCAAACGAGAAAGUACCGCUUCUCUCAGGCGACAACUUCUUAACCAAGAUAAAAGUCGAGCCCCUGCGGUACUCUGAUCUCUGGAGAGCCGCAGACGGACGCUACAGGGCGUUCCAGAGCACCCCCGAGCAACGUUAUCUCGCGGACCGCGACUACAAACGGACCCGGGAGCUCCGCGACAGAGUUACGUCGUUCUUUGCUUUCGCCGACGCUGUGCGAGCGAAGCGGGCACGCGCAGUUGGACACGGGCGCGCCUCGCUCCACUUCUACUCGCGCCCGGGGGAGCUCCCUCCCAAGCCGCGCUUGGCGAAGCUAUGGCGACCCAUAGCAGACGCACUGACGUCGAAGGAGUACAAAAGGCGGGCGAAUGAACUCCGAGACGCGGUCACGAUGCUGCAGAAGGAAGCGAUUGGGGACAGGGCGGAGAAGAUGUUUCUCGUCGCCGGGCUCGCAACUGCGCCGGAGUGGCAGGGACACGGAUACGCAACGGCGCUGCUGGAAGCGGUACUCGAGAUGGCUGAUCGAGAGGGAGAUGCGGUGUGGCUAGCUACCACGGAUGCAGCGGGGUUCUACGAAAGAUUCGAGUUUGAGGUCGUAGCAGAAACGUGGGUCGCAAAGGACAACCCCGAUUACCAUGGGCCGCCUGUUCCCAUUCGCAUGAUGAUUAGGGAGGCGGGAAGACUCGCAGUAUGA